AUGGGCUUGUUUUCUGUGCCUGGGCUUCUAACCUGUCUUCUUCUUCAGGUGGUCUGGACUCUGCCUGCUCCAGAGACAACUGAAAUAGACGUAGAUGGAGGAAUUGAUCAAGACAUCUUCGACAUAAAUGAAGCUUUAGGACUAGACCUUUUUGAGGGAGACAUCAAACUUCCUGGGAUACAGGAACGAAACUCCAUCAUUGGUGACAACUAUCGGUGGCCCCAUGUUAUCCCUUACGUCCUUGAGGACAGCCUGGAAAUGAAUGCUAAGGGAGUCAUCCUCAAGGCAUUUGAACAGUAUCGACUGAAAACCUGUAUUGACUUCAAACCUUGGGAAGGGGAGAAGAAUUACAUAUCUGUGUUCAAAGGAAGUGGCUGCUGGUCCUCAGUAGGAAACAUGCAAGCGGGCUUGCAGCAACUCUCCAUUGGAGCCAACUGUGACAGGAUUGGGACAGUCCAGCAUGAAUUCCUGCACGCCCUGGGAUUCUGGCAUGAGCAGUCACGGUCUGACAGGGAUGACUAUGUGACCAUCAUCUGGGACAGGAUUCAGUCUGGUAAAGAACAUAAUUUCAACAAAUACGAUGAUAAAAGAUCAGACUUCCUGAAUGUUCCAUAUGACUACAACUCUGUGAUGCACUACAGCAAGACUGCAUUCAGGAAUGGAACUGAGCCCACCAUCAUCACCAAUAUACCAGACUUCAUUGAUGUCAUAGGGCAGCGAAUGGAUUUCAGCGAGUACGACCUCCAGAAACUGAACCGGCUGUACAACUGCACCUCUUCCCUAAGUUUCAUGGACACAUGCAGUUUUGAACUUGAAAAUAUAUGUGGCAUGAUUCAAGGUUCAGAUGAUAACAGUGACUGGCAGCGUUUGUCUCAGGUUCCUGCUGGGCCAAAUACUGAUCACACUAAUAUGGGAGAAUGCAGAGAUUCUGGCUACUUCAUGCAUUUUGACACCAGUGCUGGAGGAGAAGGAAGCACAGCUGUCCUGGAGAGCCGAAUUCUGUAUCCCAAAAGAGGUUUUCAGUGCUUACAAUUCUAUUUAUAUAACAGUGGUAACGAGAGUGACCGGCUGAAUGUCUGGGUCAGGGAGUACACGUCAGCCAAUCCAAAUGGCACUCUGAGAUUCAUCAAAGAGAUAAAAGGUUCACCUGAGACCUACUGGCAGCUCCAUCAUGUUUCUUUGAAUGUCACCAGUAAAUUCCGGGUUAUGUUUCAAGGCGUGAGAGGAAGUGGCUUAUCAAAUGGAGGCCUCUCUAUUGAUGACAUCAACUUGUCAGAAACUCAGUGUCCCCACCACGUCUGGCAUAUCAGAAAUUUCACAAAUCUCCUCAACACAAGUCCAGCAGGGAAAGAUGGGAUAAUAUACAGCCCACCUUUUUACUCUAGUGAAGGAUAUGCUUUUCAGGUCAGCUUGUAUGUAAAUGGUACCACUGAUAACCCAUUUAAUUUAGGAAUAUACUUGUCCUUGAUUUCUGGAGCAAAUGAUGAUCAGUUGAAAUGGCCCUGUCCAUGGCAACAAGGGACCAUGAUCCUGCUUGACCAGCAUCCUGAUAUUCGUCAGCGGAUGUCAAACCAAAGAAGUGUAACUACAGACCCUCUGAAGAUUUCAGAAUCCUCAUCAAACUAUAUUUGGGAUAGGCCAGAUAAAGUGGGAUCCGAAGCAACUUUUACCAAUGGAACUAAAUACAUGAGAGGUCCAGGAGUUGGAACAAAUGCAUUUUUAACUCAUGAGAGACUUCGAAGCCGCAACUUUAUCAAAGAGGAUGGUGUUUAUAUUCUUUUAACAAUGGAAGAUAUAUCGCAUCUCCUGUCAACUCAGCCGAGCUCUCCACCCACUGUUGUUACGACUACAAGUGCCAGCACCACCAAACCUGGCCCUAGCCCUACCACCACCACCACCAAGCCCCCCAGUGGCACCAAGACCACCACCACUGCACCCACCACCACCACCACAACAACGGGCAGCACCACCCAGCCCGGAGAUCCAGCGGCUCCGGCUUUCUGCCCAGACAACCCCUGUGAAAACGAUGGUGUCUGUGUCAUGGUAAACAGAGCACCCGUGUGCAGAUGUCCAGCAGGUGACAACUGGUGGUACAUGGGAGAAAAGUGUGAAAGGAAAGGCUCAACUCAAGAAAAUACUGUAAUAGCUGUUUCUUCAACCAUAGCUGUGUUUGUUGUAAUGCUUAUUGUCACCAUCACAACUGCAGUGUGCCUAAAAAAGAAAUACAAACAAGGAAAGGAGAAUAAGGAGAGUGUGACUCUAGAAGAAGGUAGCCAGCAGUUCUCAGUCCUGCUGCAGCUGUCAUUCAGUAGUGUGAGAGUUUGUGAAGUGUGGGAGCGUCUGGUUCGUUUGUUAUUUGGCUGUGAUCUACUCACUAUAAAAGAAAUAACAGGCAUGGUGGAAGGCAAACUCACUGCAGUGGAAGCUCAGGGGUUAAAGAUCUCAGAGGAGGAGGAGGAGGAGGGGUGCAGACAGCAGCAGCAGAUCAUGGAGGGAAUGAAGUUUGUCUGGGCAUGGCAGUAG